CUUCAGUCGGUUUACGACUUUUUUUUUCCUCUUUCUAGGUACAGAACCUUUCCUUGCUAUUCCACACACACACACAAAAAAAAUCACAACGUUGUCGUAAAAAUCGUGGAGGAGAAAAUGUAGUGGCUGAAGAGGUGGAAACUGCACAAGAUGAAUAAGGACUAUGCGGUAGACCUAAAUGAGUAUGUCGCUGCCAUCACAGACUUCAUCAGCAAAUGUGUGCAUUCCGAAGAUGUCAAUCCAAGGGUUCCCCAUGGAUGAACCAUGAAGUCAAGUCCCAGAUGAAGUCCAAGUCUUUGGCGUUCAAGUCAGAUGAUCCCAUCCUGCAGAAGAAACGUAGCAUCAUCGGACUUUCUGUCUGUUCCUUCCAUUGACCAUGGUGUGGUAUGGAAUCGAACCCUGGGCAGCCUGCAUGCCCUGAAGACGCUGACUAUGCACAGCCUUGCUGGAGAGCGGCAAGUGGGGCAGGAUGCCGAUCCCUGCUCUCGCCCCCUGUCUCAAGCCAGAGUAUACCUGGAGCAGAUUCGCAACCGAGUGUCGGCCAACGCCCAGGACGGCCAACAGUCCACCAGAAGCUCCGCUUGCAAGCGGGACUACUUGGUUGAUGCAGCAAAGCAGAUCCGCAUGGCCCUGGACAGGGAGGUCAAUGAGGAUUACGAAGCUGCAUUUAACUAUUACAAGAAUGGGGUUGACCUGCUCUUGAAGGGAGUGCAAGUUGAUCCAAACAACGAGCGCCGCGAAGCUGUGAAACGAAAAACCACCCAGUAUUUGAAAAGAGCUGAGGAAAUAUUCGACUCUCACCUACAGGGAAGCUUAGGAAACGGUACCGAUGAUUCUGGGGGGUUCAGCAGCCUGAGGUUUCGGCCAAACAGAAUUCUCAGCUCCCCAGUAGAGGACUUGAAAUGUCAACCGGUCAUAGCAAUCAUUGACAAGGUGCUGCUCGUGCAGAAUCCAUCCACAAAGGACCCUUUCAUACUUAAAAGCCUGCCCAAGUGUAGCCUCAUGAACCGCGAGCGGCAGACAAUAAUCCCACAAGGUGUUCCAUUCAUGGUUCAACUCCUGCAGUAUUAUGUCAGUGAUGAUACCAUCUUUCUUCACCUGGAGCACGUGCCACGCGGGAAACUCUGGUCUCAUCUACGACAGUAUCGGCCGGCCGGCACGGAAAAAGGGUUGGAAUUCCCGGAAUGCUCCAGUCCACGCCACAAGACCUUCAAACUGAAGAACAGCUACACUGCCCCCUCUCUGUUAGCUGUGUGUGACGCUGCUUCCACACUUGCACCAGUCAGCAAGGAGGACUGGCAAAGUGAGGACAGGAAUAAAACGAGCAGAGAACGGACCACGGAGUACAGUUGCAACACUGACCUCAGCCACCCAGAGACAAGGACAGAGCAGGAAGUAGGUGACAAACCAUCUUGUCACACAAAUGCAGCAAACCAACAAAAUGCACAGAAUGAGUGUGCAAACAGGACGGGAACUUGGCAGGGAAAUGACAAGCUUUCAAAAGCUAGUCUAUCGCCGAAUGGCUUUGGGCAAAGUCCUGAUGGGCCACGUUUACUGGUCACGCAUCUGCCACAUAGUGACUGCGUAACCUUUGACAUCGCGUUGCUUUCAGAAAGGGACGGAGAUUUAUCUCAAAGUAGGAAAACCCUGAACCACAUUAUACUCGGCAGUGUGGACAAUCUGACGCAAAUCGACCUGCAGUGUGGAAAGAGUCAGCUUCUCUCCCAGGGUAAGGUAUUACGGCCCCUUGAUCAUUUUUCGGACAGUGAAGGCCCCGGUAAAUCUUCCAGCCCAAAGUCGUCAAGAACUUACCAAAUCCACGCGGCUUCAGAUUUGCUGAAAGGAAAGCCUUCGCUGUUUAACGAGGAGUCUCGACAUGGAUCAAGCCCGGUUAGAAGUCCCAUCCGAGCCACCAGUUUGAACUUGAAGGCUGGCACAAGACAAGGGACAAGGGGCUACUACCAAAUAACAGUCAAUCCUUUGGAUAUAAUUGACAGCAAUAGCAAAGUCAACAGUGUUCUAGAUAACACCAACCUGGUCGUUGUCGGGUCAUCAGCUGCCUUGCCUGCAAGAAAUACAACAGGCGCCGUCUUGGAGAAGAAUCAGCCAGAGCAAAAGACUUCCGUGAGUGUCCUCAGUUCUAUACAGCACGCGAAUGGGCAUCAGACGUCACCACUAAACGGCAUUGAAUCUCCGAACAAGUUAUUGACGUUGAAAGAUGGAUCGCCUGAGGCAAUGUUGAACCACAAAGAUAAGCUAGACCAGUCUCCAGUCACUGUAACUUCGGGCAAAAGUCCAUUUUGCAAACCUGACAGUCCGAGAACCUUAAACAGGACAGCGGGCUUUUCCGAUCCCUGCAAAGCACAAGAAGGCCAUUCCUCAUCCCCUCCGCCACCCCACCCCAAUGCUGAACAUCCUGUCCCAAGCCUGGCUUCCUCAGGUCUGUCAGAGGAUCAGAUCAGAAUCUGGGUGGCUGAGAUGGUUCUUGCUAUAGAAAGUCUACACCAGCAGGGAAUUGUGUGUCUGGAUCUCAACCCCAGAAAUAUACUUGUGGAUAAUGCAGGUCACAUUUGCCUCACGUAUUUUGGCCAGUGGAGUGAAGUUGAAGUUCAGUGUAAUACUAAAGCCAUAGAGGACAUGUAUUGUGCACCAGAAGUCGGUGGGGUUGGAGAGGUAACAGAGGCCUGUGACUGGUGGAGUCUUGGAGCGUUGUUGUUCGAGCUUCUAACUGGGACGACCCUGUCUCAAUGCUACCCCUCCAGAAUCCAUCCUCACACCCAGCUCCGACUCCCAGACCAUCUCAGUCCCGCAGCCGUGUCUCUUCUGCAACAGUUGUUACAGUGGGAUUAUCGCUGUCGCCUUGGCUCCAGAGAGAACGGAACGCACAAGAUAAAAUCCCAUUCCUUUUUCAGCUCUAUACACUGGAACAAGUUGAAUGGGUAUCGAUGAGUUACAUGAGUGUGUGACGAACAUCUCAACAAGAGCGGACCAAGCAGAUCUGGAAACACAAGAGACUGCGGGUUCCACAAUCUGGAGCAAAGAACAGACGGGUGGAGGGAGCCAGCGGGUCGGGCAGCAACUGUGGAGGGAAACGGACAGGCAACAUUUUGGGUUGUGGCCCUUCUUCAAGAUUGGCGUAGACCAUAAGACGUAGGAGCAGAAUUAGGCCAUUCUGCCCAGUAGAGGGGAGAUAGCCAGUGGAAAGACGAGAGAGGAAGGAGUAAGACGAGAGCUGGCAAGUAACGGGUGGAUCCAAGCGAGAACAGGUUGAUUGGCAAGUGAGUCAUGUUUGAGAGAGAAGGGUGGAGAUGGUGACGAAGGCCGGAGAUGAUAAAUGGUGAAGCCUGGUGUGACUAUCUCCCAUCUCCUCCACCCGACUCAUCUGAAAUCAACGCUUUAGAGUCACAGUGAUACAGUGUAGAAACAGGCCCUUCGGCCCAACUUGCCCACACCAGCCAACAUGUCCCAGCAACACUCGUCCCACCUGCCCGCGUUUGGUCCAUAUCCCUCCAACCCUUUCUUAUCUGGUUCUACUACCUGCCUUACUGGAUUCACGGUUCCAUUGGGAGCUCCCUUCCCCUCACUUCUUUCUACCAGCUAUCUCCACUCAAGUUUAUUGUUUAUUGUCACAUGUACCGAGGUACAGUGAAAAGCUUUUGUUGCGAUAUAACCAGUCAGCGGAAA